ACUUUCUGGGAGCGCGUUUGUGAAUCUACUCAGAUUUACUGGCGACUGACGGUUAUACUCGUCGAGGUGAAUAAAGUUCACUAAAACUGUCUCUAAGUUGGUUGUUCAUCCAUUCAAGAAUCUGCUCCUGAUUGAUGAGAAGUUAAUAUUCAUUAUAUCCAGUAAAAAUUACCCUACCCACAUUACUACUAGCAUUCUAAACAUGGUCCUAGAGUAUAGUUAUUCUUUAGACUGUGAUUCAGAGUCUGGAAAGAAUAACCUUGUUGAUUUGGAGGAAUUCCCUGCCUUAACAAAAUCAAAACCUAUCAGCUUCAGCGGUGUAACGUGGAAAAGCCAAGUCUUUGUACCUACUGAGGAUUCCAUAGAGUCAGAGGCCACUGGAAAUAACUGUUUGAAUGUCUCUAAAAAGAAACGCUUAAAAAAGAAGAAGAAAAAGAUUCUUUGCAGUGGGGAAAGCACUGAUGAUAGCUCUCCUGCGAAGUGUUGUGACUUCUGUUUUUUUGUGAGCGAAGAAGUGGAAAGCACAAAAGCAAAUCAACCGUCAUUUCGUGAAACUCAUUUCGAAUUCAUAAAAAGUCACACUAAAUCAGAUACAAUAGUAACCAAUGGAGGUAGUCAUUUAACAGAAUCUUCGAUUGUUGAGGUUACCAACCCAUUUCAGGUGGAAGAUGAAGGUUUCGUUGAGGAGUUAAUUGACUAUGCAACUAACCAUCAUCUUGUUUCUUAUUCUUUUCCCACGAAUACGUCAAAUAUUCUGUCCUCUAGUUCUACUCAGCACUUAAUCCAAUCUAGACCUAUUUACGAAUCACGAAUAAUCAGUCCCACAUGUCCGCUAAACUCCACAAAAGAUCAAAUGGCUGCAUUAGGGUUGAAUCACUCUGUGUCCAAUGCUUUAAAACUUCAAACAAAUCCUAUUAAAUGCCCUGUUAAAGAAAAGACACUAAGAAAUGUGCGACUAACUAAUACAGAACAACAUGCUCGAAGUAUGAGUCCAUCUAAUCUUACUGACACAUAUCUAUCUUCAAAAGAUACAAAUGAUCUUAUCGACGAAGAUGAUAUGGAGGGUACAGAUCUACUUCAUUUAAUCAGCAAUUCAUUAGAUCGAUUUAAUGCUAUUGUUCACCCACGAGAUAAUAUAUCAACAUUAACAUCUGGUUUAGGUGAAUCUAGAAAUAUUUUAUCAGAAUCUGAGAGUAGUAAUAGUUACUCUCAAGAUUGUCUAUUUCCCACUGAUAUUGUUACAAAACCUACUACAAUAUUAUCUGCUGAUAGAGAAUGUAAAUUCUCGAAUAUGAUGAAUAUAGGCAAUAAAUUAGUCCAGAAACACUUUAAUCAUUCAUCAUUGUUAAUUUUGGAUUCUGAAGUAGAACAAGCUGAUAAACUUUUGGAAAUAAAUAAUUCUUCAUAUACGACUACUACAACAAGUUCAUCUUUUGGGCGUUUACCACUAUCAUUAUCGUACUCAUACUCAAAUGAGGUCCCUUUAGCUUCUUGUCAACCGAAUACGACAUACUAUUCCAAUAUUCCAUCAACUAUACCAAUUGAUGUUACUGUUCCCGCUGUCAAUAAAUAUAUUGUGCCACCAACCGAUUCUAUACAAGCUAAAAACGUUCUUACGGAUAAGUCAAAAUCAUGUUGGCCAACUUUACCUAUUAAUGUAACUCAACAUAAUCCAAAAGUGUUAACUUCAUCCACAGAAUCAAACAAUUUACUUGUUGAAUUAAUUAACAAUAACCGAAAUGUGUUAACUGAUAAUGAUAUAGAAAUGUUAAAUUAUUUAAAUUUGGAUUUAAAAAAUCUUUUAUGUAAUAUUUCAACUACUAAUACCACCAAUACAACUGCUGUUUAUACAACUUUAGUUGAUUCACCUUCUCUUCAUCAUAGUAGUGUUAAUAAUAACAAAUGUAACUCAAUGGGUUUAUUUGUUAGUCGGGACGAAAAUCUAUGGAAUCAUAGUAAAUCAUUUCAAUCCAAUAUGUCGUUAAUGCAUAAGACCCAACCACUAAGACAUCCAUCUCAGUCACCUCAAACAACAAGUCUACCGCCAUUAUCGAAAAUAUUUCUUCAGCAUUCUAAUACUGUGUCAUCAACUCCCGUAGAUGUAAUGAAAUAUGAAUGUUUAAAUGAUGAUUCAGAUAAAUUACUAAUGAAUUCAUCUGAUAAAAUGAUAUUUAAUACGAAAUGUAUUAAUAACGCAAAUAACAAACGUAAUGAUAAUUUUAUCGCAUCGUUCUCAUUAACAUCAGUAAAUAAUUCUACUGGAUGGUCGAAAGAAGCAAUUAAUAGCUUGCCAUGCGACACAAGAAAUAUAUUAGCACGAUCGCAUUCAGUUGGAUAUCAUCAAGAAACUUCUGUUACUACAUCAUUAUCUACAAUAGGACCAGGAGUAACAAUGACAACAUCAUGCUCUAUCAAUCGUACACCGAUUAUUAACGUGAAUUAUCCAUUAACAACUGGAAAUUUAAAUACGAACCGCUUACCUAUUAUUGGACAUUCUACAUCUACAUCUGGUAAAAAUAAAAUGACGUCUGUAAGUUUACCACUACCAAUGUGUACUACUAAUUCUACUGUGAAAAAUUUAAACGGAUCACAACAACAGGAGGUUUGUUAUUUCCUUGAUUUGUUUUUCCAUUAUAAAAUGCAAAUUGAUUAUUUUUGUUUAUCUUAUUGUUGUUAGAAUACCUUUGUCUUUUCAGAGAUCUCUUUAUAACGCAGUUUUGUUUAUCUUGGUGAAAUUCGUUUUAACACUUAUUUUUGAUGAAAAGUGAAUUACUUAUUGGUCAUUAGAGUAAGCUAGGUUACGUUAGCUUCCGUAAGAUUCAAGGUAUCACCUUGCUGUGGUCAUUUCCAACUAUCAUGAAACCAGAGUCUAAUUUUACCUUCUUUCUAUUUUCAACCAGCUAACAUCAAGACAAAGUGUACACGAUAUCGAACCAAUUAGUCUAGUGAUCACACUGCAAAUUGAUUGAUAGAAUUCGAUAGAUACUAAAGGACUAGACAGAAAAUAUUGGACACUACUUAGUAAUCAAUCAGUAUAUAUGUAUAUGGCACUUUGAUCGAUAUCAUUGGCAGGCUCUAUGUAGAUGAUAACUGACUCACUGUCAUCGGAUUCUUUUUUGGUAUGAUUUUAAUCUCUCAAUUCUCUUAAAUGUCCUUUAAAUAAUUAAGUCAAAGCUGUGAAAACUUGCUUAUUUUUUUCUAUGAUCAUCUCUGAAAUAUUAGAUAUUGUUUGUUGGAUUUUUCUUAUCGAAAUGAAUAGAUCAAAUAUUAGGAUUUUAAUAUGACACCACCUAUCAUCAAGUAUGUUUAUGCUUAUAUUUUUACCACACCAUGACAACAUGUGCUUCUUGGAUUAUUAUUGCAUGUUACAAAUAAGCGAUUCACAUGAUAAAUCGUAUGACUAUUGUUACUUAGAGAAAAAAGAAUGAAUAAACUAGACUGUACUAUUCAGUAAUUCAUGAUUUAUAUCAUGCAGUGAAUUCCAAUGUUAUUUUUUAUUUGGAAAUAUGGCAUUUGAUUAAUUAUGAGAAAAUAAAUAAACUAAAUGAAGUCUAUUGAUACUGAGACAAACUAUUUUACUACUUGAGCAUAAUAAAGAUAAAUUUGGUAAAUGAUUUUUAACGAGAAUAAUUUAGCUUUGCUGCUUAAUUGUGAUAUGUUUGUCCACUUUUAUAAAGGUGUAAUUCUGUGUGUAGACUAUGUUAUUUUCUCGUCAAGUGUGUUUGAUUCGCGGAAAAUUGUUUAUUGGGCAUUUUGUUCUAAAAUUUUUAGUCAUUUAUUUCUGAUUCGAAUGGAAUAAUGAAUGCUGAACAUUUGAAUCAAUGUAAUUUUCUAUGUGUACUUACUUUUGUCGGUCUGCUAUUCAAAAAUCGUUUGAAUAAUUGGAAGUCAAGGAGUAGUAAAUAACUCCUUUGUUCUAGCUUAGGUUAUUUCUACAAAAUCUCUUUCUAUAUCACUUUCAGUAAUGUCAAGUUUUAUUGUAAGUGACAUGGAACUUCACUGAUCAAUAGGUCUUGUAGCUGUUUUUAACAGAAAAACGGAUAUUGUUACGAAACGAAUAUUUCCGUCAACAUUGGAAUUAUAUAUUAUUUUAUUUUAACAAAUAGAUAUUGGUACAAAGAAGCACCAAAUACAUAUGCGCCACGCAGAUCUCAUGUGAUAUGUUUGAUGGCUGUGAUACUGCCCGGGUGCCCAAACCGAAGUAGGUGGUUUUCUUAGGGGACCACACCCCGAGCCUUCUACCUGAAGGUCUAAUCCACAAGGCAGUGGAGCAUCGUAAGGAGAUGCAGUCCCAUGGUAGCCGGUGACCAACGAUUGGUUCCUACGCCAUUUGUUCCCUUAGGAUACUGGAGCGCAUGUGCACCAUUGGUUUGGAGUCAGGGUUUUCCAACUCCCCUAGGUGGACUCUCCAUGUCCACCAACCCGGUUAAAGCACCGGACAUUCGCUUUUUGUCCUCUCAAUUUCGUAAACCACACCCCCCGCCACGAGAAGGCAGUGAGUAGGACUUCCCUGGCAGAGGCUGUAUACGCGUGGCCAUGUGAGAGUAUUUCGAGAGAGAGGGCGAACCCACACCACUCUCGGCCAUACCAGGACAUUCGGCGGCACAUUGGAAUUAUUAACUCAGAUAACCUAGUUUCUUUCGAAAGUUUCAUCCUUCCAUUGUUAUCUAACUACCUAUCUAAUCCAGUCAACCACCAGAAGAAAGAGAAAGUUGGGAGAGACAGUAAGCAGCCUUGUCUGACUCCGGUCAUCAUUUGGAAUGCAUCUGUCAGCUACCCUCCAUGCACGAAUUCGCAGUGUAGUACGUCGUAUAAAUUUCGCAUGAUAUUGACGAUCUCCUCAUGUACUCACUCCAUAGUGUCGAAGAAGUUUCCACAAUAUUCUUCUAUUCACACUGUCAAAUGCUUUCUCAUAGUCAGUGAAGUUGAUGUACAGUGACCAGUUCCAUUCAAUUGAUUGUUCAACGAUGAUCCGUAGUGUCGCGAUUCGGUGUGUGCAUGACCGAUCCUUACGGAAUCCGACUUGCUGAUCUGAAAGCUGGACGUCUAAUGAACCUUUCAUCCAGUUCAGCAACACUCGGUUGUAAGCCUUUCCUGUUACCGAUAAUAGUGUUAUGGCUGUGAAGUUUUCACAUUUUCUCAGAUUUCGUUUCUUUGGUAUCUUGAUGGUGUGCUUCUUACCAGUAUCUCGGUACUUGUUUCUCCUCUCAAAUCUUCCUGAAUAGAAUGUGAAGCAUACUUGUAGUUACUUCUAUGUGUGACUUUGAUGCAUCAGCUGAUAUAUUGUCAGGUCCUGCUGAUUUCUCACUCUUGAUUUGUCUGGUGGCCAUCCUGAUUUCUUCGAUCGUUUGUGGAGUGACAUUUAUACGAAGGUCUGUGUGUGUUGCUUUGAUGUCUGGUGGGUUCAGUGGAGCUGGUCUUUUGAAGAGUUUCUCUAAGUGUUCUACCCAUCUUUCCCUCUAUCCUUGAAUUUCAGUGAUUGUCUUGCCUUCUUUAUCCUUGACUGGUCUUUCUGGUGUACUAUAUUUUCCUGCCAGUUUCUUCGUUGCACCAUAGAGUUGUCUGAUAUUUCCUUCUCUUGAAGCUUCUUCUGCUUGUUAGUUCUAAUACUCCUCUUCACUUCCUUGUUUGCUUCUGUGUAUUCAGCUUGUGCCUUGACUUUCCCUGUUCUUGUUCUUGUGUUGUUAAUUGUUGUCUUCUUGUUCUUUCUUCUGUGAAUCGUGCGCAGGAUUUCGAUAUAGAUCCCAGCACCUCCUGACACGUUGAAGAUAGUAUUUCUCUAUUUCCUUUCCAAUUGUCCUCCAUCGUAGUUUCUUCUUAUUUCAGUAGAUCCUGUUUGAGAUGGUUGGGCCACGUAUUACGCAUGCCUAACAACUGAAUACCACAGUGCACAAUGCUUACUAGUGUUGGAGAUGGAUGGAAGAAUGUUAGGGGCCGUCCAAACCAAAAAUGUCGCAUUAGUCCAUAAAGUCAUUAAAUUGUGAUUUGUGCCAUGUUUAUAUGUAUAUACUCUUUGUCUGUUCUAAAACGGUGAGAUUAAAAUCGCUUCAUAUCUUUCUUUCUACGAACUAAUUCUUUCUCUCUGUUUCAUAUCCUUAUGUGCAAUCUUUUUUUGUUAUAUGUAUUACUACCAUUAAAGUAACUGCUUCUAUUAAUUUGGUGUUUUCUUGUUGUACUAAUGAGGUAUGGCAACUUGGAUCGAUUCAUAUGUGUGCCUGAUUCUACGUUGUGGCUGUCUGAUUGAGGAUAAUGCAAAAGAUGUAAUCUUUUGAAUUCACCUCAAGAUUUUGUUUCGUACUUAUAAAAUGUUAUUUUAGUGAAAACUGAAUUAUCACAGGAUAUUCUUAAUCUCAAGUGGUUAAACAUAUUUUUUUUUUAGUUUCUGAUAUACGGAAUAAACAGUGUUGUCCUCACAAAUAUAUAUUUAUUGUAUUAACAUAGAGUAUCGACCGCAAAGAGACAAUAAUUGUAAUGUGUCUAACUUCUAUGACUAUAACUUCAUUGAGAUUUUUCCAAAUUUGUUUAAUACAUCAUUUCUUGAAGAUAUAUAAUUAUUUAUACUUUUGUAAUUUUUACAGGGAUUUUCCAAUGCUCACUGUAGACGACAAAGCAAUAAUAAUAUACCUUCGAACAUUGGCAACAUUUCAGUUUGUUCAGUGGGUACUUUCACUUCAGUAAAACAAGCAGGUUCGAAUUCCCAACUGUCAUGUAAUAAAUCACGUUGUUGUACAAAUGGUCAAAUGGCACCAGGAGCAGUGACGACUAUAACACCAUCAGAUUCAUCAUUAUCAUCAUUAUACCCAGGUACAGAAUUAGUCAACGGAAAACCAGUUGUAGCUAAAUGGCGUCGUGCGUGCAGCUUUUACUUACGUGGACAUUGUAAAAAAGAAGAUUGUGAAUUUGCACAUGAUUUAACAAAAGUGACUUGUAAAUUCUGGGAGAUGGGUGAGUGUUUCAAAGGUUCCACCUGUCCAUUUCUACACGGUUAUCCACCAGAAUUGAAUAUUGAGCAGCAGCAUUCAUAAGUAACAAACUGGAAUACGUGUGUGUGUGUACAUGGGCAGCUUUUAGUGUGUUCAUUUCCCUUUUUUCUACGUAACGCUCACAAUUUGAUUAUUUUAUUCCUUUUGUUUACUUGUACCAAAGAGAGGCUCCAUAUGGGAAUACCUAAAAGAAAAGAAGUGAAAAAACGACAUAAUCCUUAUUUAAAUGCAUUUUGUUUGUAUCUUUGUUGUCUUUUAAUAUGUUAAUUUAUUUUGUUUUCCUAUCGUACACAUUUUAUGUAUGGUUCGAGCUGAAAGCCCUGUCUCCCUCCCUUCUUGUAUCAUUCUGAGAUUAUUCUACUGGGAGAAACGAAAAGAGAACAUUUUUACACUUUGUUCACGU